AUGUCUCUCAACGCUGCAGGCACCGUCGCCCAGGAUGGCCCCGAGCCCACGUCUCAGACAACCCUCACUCCCCACAACCAGCAGCCGCUCGUUACCAAGACCUAUCCAUCCGAGGGCGAGCUUGACCAGCUGAUCGUCAAGUCCGCCGCUGCCCAGGAAAAAUGGGCUCGUGUGCCUCUCCAGCAGCGCAUCGCCAUAGGCCGCGCGUUCAUGGAGGAGUUUGGCAAGAUGCGCGAAGAGAUCCCGAUGGAGCUCACUCUUCAAAUGGGCCGCCCUGUCUCUCAGGUUCCCGGGGAAGUACGCGGGACCCUCGACCGCGCCGACUAUAUGCUGUCCAUAGCAGAGAAGACCCUCGGGGAUGUCACCCUCGAAGAUACCGACAAACCAGGCUUCCGCCGCUUCAUCCGACGCGCUCCCAUGGGCGUUGUCCUCGUCGUUGCGCCUUGGAACUACCCGUACCUUGUCAUGGUCAACUCCGUUCUCCCUGCCCUUAUCUCCGGUAAUUCCGUCAUCCUCAAGCCAUCCCCUCAGACCCCGCUCUCCGCAGAACGCUUUGCCGCUGCGUUUCACGCCGCGGGCGUCCCCAAGGACGUCAUUCAAGUCGUCCACCUCAGCCCGAAGCUCACCACACAGGCCGUCGCCCACAAGCUAGUCGACUUUGUGGCCUUCACCGGCAGCGUAGCUGGCGGGCGAGCGAUCGACAUCGCCGCCGCGCAGGCGAAGGGCUUCAAGGGCGUCGGACUAGAGCUCGGAGGCAAGGACCCUGCGUACGUCCGUGCGGAUGCCGACCUGGACUACACCGUCGCGGAGCUCGUGGACGGUGCGUUCUUCAACUCCGGCCAAAGCUGCUGCGCGAUCGAGCGUAUCUACGUGCACGAGUCUAUUUACGACGCCUUUGUCGAGAAGUUCGUUGAGCUCACCAAGAAAUACAAACUCGGCGACCCAACGAAGCCGGAGACGAACAUCGGCCCGGUUUGCGGCGUCGCGAGCGCUGAACGGAUACGCAAGCAGGUUGCGGAUGCCGUCGCAGCGGGUGCGAAAGCGCUGAUUCCCGAAGACCUGUUCCAUGCCGCGAAAGCAGGGACUGCGUAUGUCGCACCACAAGUGCUCGUGGACGUCAACCACACGAUGGAGGUCAUGAUGGAGGAGACCUUCGGCCCCGUGGUCGGCAUCCAGAAAGUAGUCUCUGACGAGCAGGCGAUCGCGCUCAUGAACGACUCGCCGUACGGCCUCACCGCGUCCGUCUGGACAAACGCGGCCGCGAACCCGGAGUCUCAGGACGUGUUCCUCACGUUCGUCGACGAGCUCCAGACCGGGACCGUGUUCCUCAACCGGUGCGAUGCCCUCGACCCCGCGCUCGCGUGGACGGGUGUCAAGGACAGCGGACGGGGCGUGAGCCUGAGCAAGUUCGGAUACGACCAGCUCACGCGGGCGAAGAGCGUGCACAUGAAGAUCAAGACGGCGUGA